AUGGCCCAGCCAAUCCAGCAGCUUACCACUGACAUGGAAAACACACCUGAAAGGGAGAAGGUCCCCUUCACACUCGUCACCCAUGAGAAGCGUGACAAUGUACCGUAUGAAAAGCGUGUCUACCAGAAGGCCUUCUGGGCAUGUGUCACCAUGCAGAACGAUACGUACGAGCAGAGCAUCUGUGCUGGCUUCAUGAAGCUCAUGAGAUAUAUCUGCCAACAGAAUACACUAGGGAGUUACCUGGGUAUGACCGUGCCAAUAGUGACAGUGGUGCGGACAGACGAGACUCGGACCACACUGUCCAGAGCUGUAACGGUGGCAUACCACCUGCCCUGUCAUCACCAGCACCAGCCCCCUAUGCCUGCUGACCCUAACAUCACCAUAGAGACGUGGCCUUCCACUGUGGCGUACGCCAGGCCUUUCAGUGGUCAGACCAGCGAAAGCUCCAUCCUGAGGGAGAUCAAUGCCUUCUCUGAGGUCCUGGACCCUCUGGAGAUUUCUGUGAGUGAUUCUUUCAUUGUGGCUGGAUACACCAGCCUGGCUGCAACCCACAGACACAACGAAGUCUGGUUCUUGGAGCGCCACUGAAACCUGGAGGAUCCGUUCACCACACAAACUACUUCUAUCUGUGUGGUGGUUUUACACCAGUGAUCAAGUGGGUGCGUGCUAUAUGUUUUAGGUGCAAGGCCAAUAUUAAAGCACAAUGACUCUCCUUUUGCAUAUAUAUUACUCGUUUACAUACAUUUAUUCAGAUAGCAGACACUUUUAUCCAAACUGACAUACAAAUAGUGCAUAAUAGGAAAAAAAUGUACUUACAGUCCUUGAUUAUCUGAUGUACUUAUUCGUAUUACACGUGCUGACUGUUCAUCCUCACUCAUCGGAUUAAUCCUGAUUAAAAAUUGAGAAAAAAAAGUUACCUUCUCAGCCAAACACCAUCUUAACACAAACACACAUCAUUUAGUUGUUUGGCAGUGCAUGUAGCCAUUGUUGAAGGCAGCAAUAUUCAGGUACGCAGGUUAAUUCAUUCAUUUUAAUUACUAGAUGAUUAUAAUUUGAGACAAAAAGAGCCUUACUCAAUGCAAUCUGUUAUUUCUAUCAUGUCUUUGUACCAACUUGAUAAACAUCAUUUGUAAAUCUCAGUGCCUGUGUGAUUGCCAGAAUGCAGUUUCUGGACAAAUGCCAGGAUUUACAUUUUAAGUAAAAAGUGACACUAAAUGUUUGUGAAAGAUAUGACUUGUAAUCAAUCACAAUGGUUUG